UCCUAUUUUAUAAAAGUCGAAUAUGCAUAUUAGAAAUCAGAGGAACUUAUGAAAAAUCACCAUGGUUAUCAGUGUAAUUAUCAACAUUUAAGUGUUGCUUGAUAAGCUUGAUCUCGCAGUUUUCAAACGCAGUUCAGUUCAAGUUUUAUUCGCAAGAACCGUUCAAAUAUAAUAUAACAUAUUAUCAUGAAUGCAAUGCUUUUCCUGUGUAUUUUAUCAGUAGCGAUCAGCACGUGGGCUUUUCCGCAAACUGUUACUAAAUCUGAAGAUGAUGGUCGUAUUUAUUUUGGCACGAUUUACGACAAAGAAAAAUAUCCAUACCUAGUGCAUAUAGAAAUUCCUACUAAAGAAGGUACGUCUGUCUGCACGGGCACAAUGAUAGCACCAUUAUUCGUAUUGACCGCUUCUCAUUGUAUGAUUGGCAAGAAAACAUUGGGCAUGAAAAUCCAUUUAGGUGGUGUUUUAUCGGGAAUACACGAAGAGGUUGAGGAAAUUUAUGUGCAUCCAUUGUACGAUGACAAAUCAUAUAGAGCAGAUAUAAGUUUAAUAAAGAUAAAGGCGCCAUUCCCAAGUCUUCAACGAUUCGUAGUGGCUUCUGGCAAUCCUGAUGAUUUCGUCAACGGCAAAGAAGUUAAGUGCGUGGCUAUGGGGUUCGGCCUUACUAAUGGAGAAAAAUUGUCACAAGAAGGGCUUAUGAUUAACGUCGUUGCCAGAUACGGCAUACCACCAUGUUUAACUGGAAUGAAGGCAUUCGCGAAAGAGUUUUUAUGUGGCAAACCCGACAACCAUACGGUGUGUAGUGGAGAUAGCGGUGGUCCGUUGAUAUGUGGUGAUCAGCAGUACGGCGUAAUUAGUCAUACGGUGAAUUUACUCGAUGGUGAAGUGCCGUGCGGUUCCGAUAAAGUCGAAGACAAAUACUUAUUCGUCUAUAAUUAUAAAGACUGGAUAUCUUCGCAUGUAGACCCCCCUAAAGAAGAAGAAAAGUCAUAUUGUCCAAUAAUCAAGCCAUAUAAGAUUGGUACGAUGUUCGUUGCAUUCAUGCUACUCGGAAGAAAUUAGAAAGCUACAUAUACUACAUUUUAAAUAAAUAAUUAUACAUGUAUUACUUUUAUCAAAUACAAUGGCGUUCUAUUUUUA